AUGAAUAGUAACAAGAACUACAAUCCGAUUAAAGCAUUUUACAGGCUUCCACUUGUUGAGCGAUACCAAAAUUUCAUCAAAUCCAAGAGAAUUUUUCUCACCAUACUUCUCAUCACGUGUAACGUUUUUGGGGGCAUAAUUUUCGGGUAUUGUCUUGGAUCGAUAGGAGGAGCUUUAAAUUCGGCCAUUUUGGCUUUCUUUCCUUCAUCCGAUGGCGGCAGCAUCAAUACCACCACAGCUAGCAGCGAAACCUUUCGAGCAAUUGUUUUCGUUGAGACGGCGAUCAAGUCGCGCUCUCUCAUGUCCAUACCAGAUUUUGGAGGUCCAACCAAAAUUUCAUCACUUGCUCUCCAACCGACUGAUCCACUCUCUUCAGAUUCCUUAUUAGCAGAUGCAACAAGCCAGAAUUCAACCACAAGAAGUCAAAAGCCUUUUGAUUUGGGAAAUUCAUUACUUCAAGGCUUGUUUGCCUCAAGUAUUUUCAUCGGAGGAAUGGUGGGGUGUUUGUGCACCAUGAUCGCAGCCAGCUAUUUAGGUCGUAAAUUAUGCAUGAUUUUGUGUUGUGUGGUGUUUUCCAUUGGAUGCAUUGGUGCAAGUGCUUCCAAUUCCUAUGCUUCAUUGAUUGUUUUCAGAUGUAUCAUGGGAUUUGGUGCUGCCAUUUCAACCUCUGUUUGUUCCGUUUAUAUGGCUGAAUUGAUGCCCUUUUCCAAAUAUCAAGGUGUCUUGGGAGCCAUGUACAAUGUUGGAGUGGCAUCGGGUGUGGUUUUUGGAUAUGCCUUUGGAGCCAUUUUCAUAUUCACCACUGAACAAUGGAGAGCGGUCCAUGCUUUAGGAAAUUUGUUCUCCAUUCCCUUAUUAAUCCUACUGGUUGUUAUUUUACCGGAAUCUCCACAAUUUGUAAAGCAUACCAGCAUACAAGAACCUCAUCACGAUCACAAUGAUAUUGAGCUCAAGACACAACUCGACCAUCAAAAUACCAUGCAGCAGUCUGGACAACCAAUUCAUGAUGCAAAAGAGAUGAGCAUUUCGCAAUCAAUGAAAACGAAACAGAAAAUUGAGACCAUGUCCUUGAUUCAGGCCCUCAAAAGAUUGUUUUGCUCGAAGGUGAUCAUAUCCACCCUUUUGGCCUGCUUUUAUUGUGGAAGUUUGGAAUGGACUGGUAUUCAGAGUGCUACCUUGUUCAUCCCUUCCCUAUUAGAAUCUGCUGGAGUGACCUCACCUCUGUACCAGCAAUUGGCUUCCAUGGGAGUUGCCAUUUGGCAAAUAUUGACCAUUAGUCCAUGCAUCUUUCUUGUAGAUAGAUUCGGAAGAAAAACAAUCUCGAUCUUUGGACUGGUCGUUUCAUUAUUGACCAACUUGGCGAUUGGAUUUGUGUUUCAAUUUGCUCCCAACGGUUCCACUGAAAAGAUUGUUCUAACACUCGUCUUUAUUGCUAUCUUUCUCGUUGGGUUCAAUGUGGGUCUUGGUUCAUUGGUAUACAUGUUAGCUCAUGAGGUAUUUAAUGGAGAGCAUGAAAAAGUGGUCAUUUUGGGAACUUCAAUCUCGAUCAUGUGUUUGUGGUUCUUUUCGAUCAUCAUUUCGUUAUUUUUCAUUCCACUUGUUGCAGCUACCAACCAAGCUGUUCCUUCCUAUAUAUUUGCAGGUAUUUCUUUCAUUGGUUUGUUGUUGACGAUAUUCCUUCUGAAAGAAACAUCACCAAGAGUUUUAGCAAAGAAACAACUUUUAGAGUUAACCAAAACAAAAGGAUUGGAGAAGAAAGAAGCAAGCACGACAGAAAAUCAUGAUGUGCCUACCUCUGCAGGCAGCGCUGCUAACGACACAGCAAAGCAAUCCUCUCAUACCUCUGAGAAGGAAGAGCAUCCAGUUGUUGUGUGA